UUACCUGGCACCUGCUGACGAUGCCACGAGAGAGCCUGAGGCGCGACAGCAGAUACGAACUAGCAACCUGAGGUUGCUCGCGGUUAUCUCGUAUCUGUCAAUUUAUUGUUCUACGAAGAGCUUCUUUGAUGACAGUUUAUAUUGUGCUUAGUCCGCGUCGUUUAACAUGGUGUUAUCUAUUGUGAAUGGAAACCCACGGCUACGAUAAUGAAUAUUAGCAAGUGCAAAGAAGGAACGCGAACGACCAUUACCAACAGUACCGAGAUAUUAAAACUUCGUAACUCCCCGAUACGACUGUAAGAUCCUUAACUGCAUAACUGCACAACGUUACCAAGGUAACGAAUAACAAUAAUAAUAACAAUCCUAUGCACAACAGCAUUAUAUAUAGUAAUACUUCAAAAAAUCUAUCAUCAAAAUCAUACACGACUGAAUCUCUCUCGAACGUAGCCUAUACAGUCACUGUUGCAUCUUCUCUCCCAAACUGCAAUGGAUUGCGUGCCGAUGAUCUUUCUGCACGGUUCGCGAGCUCCGGCAUCCGUCGCGACGCCGGGCCACACUCUGACGGACGUACCUAUCUUGGAUAAUGGAAAGAGCAUGCGCCAACUUAAGACUGCGUGAUGUAAUACCUGUAGACAUCCUUCGCUGGCUGUAACAGCACGCCUAUUCACUGCCGUACAAGAGCAACGGGAUAGGACGGCUUGUAGUAUGUUAGACGCGUACUUGUACCGAUGUAAAAUGCAAGCAAUGCUCUUCGCUCGGUCUAUACGAGAAAGAGCGUAAACGCGUCCUGCAUUUCAUUAGCCUGACGCUCUAACCGUGCUUUAUACUUGCGCAGGUCUUAACCCCCCGGAGUUGCGAAACGGGGCGGCCAAGGAAUGCACCUUUGCGAAUCGUCGAUAAAGAUACGGUAAAGAUAAAGACACGAACCGUGUAACGUCCGUCUUUGAGGUUAAUAACGCACGUGGAGUUCGGUUGAAAAAUUGUAUCGUGAUACACAGCGAUUUUGGGAUUUCGUGACUUUUCGAUAUUUGAUUGUUAAGAAUUUUUUCUAAAAAUUUCUUUGGGUCGCAUGAUAAUUUUUACUUGAAACUAUUUCACGUAUUUUUGUCUGCACCACUUCGGCUACCUAUCGCCGAUCGAUUGAGUAUCGAAAUAUUAAUUUAUGGAUUUUAAUAAUUUUUUUGGAAUUUCAUUACCGACACUAUGGCUUCUGAUCACUGAUAAGUCAUGCGUGAUGUCACGUUGCAUUUUAUUAAUAGUUAUCAGUAAUCCUGUCACUUUUUUAUCUUCGGUAGGUAUACCAUUGUGUAUGGGUUAUACGGUGACUUCGUAAAGACGCAUUCGGACGGGUCGUGAAAAACAGUGCGUGAUGUAAGGAAAACCGGAUUUCGUGCUAUGCGCGAUGCACUCGGUGUAAACUCGGUGGAUAUUAAUUCUCAUCCAAGUGUGAAUCAGUGUGGUGUGAGUAACGAAGACGGAUUACGUCAUGAGUAUUCGUCAUUGCGCAAUUUCGACAUCGAAUAGGAUGCCAAACAAUCCCAAAAAAGGCCGGAAGAGAGAGUAGCAUGAAUCGUAGAGAGGACCCGCUGCUACGGCAGCAUCGAAGCCGACUCCUGCAGCUGGCUGAGACGACGAACAUCAAGCCUGGCCGUGGCAGCGGGAAGAGACGUGAACAAAGAGCAACCACUAGAGUCAGUCCUAGUAAUGGCGGUCCAAGCAGCGGAGGUCGGAUCACCCUGCAGGAUAUUGUCAGGAGCGAUCCAGGAUACACGCCGAACAUAGAGCACCUAGUUUUCCCAGAGAGGAAGAGCAGCAAUCCGAAUUUGGCGUCGAACAACUCGCCACCGAAUAAGAACAGAGGGAAUUCCUCUUCCGGUAGAUCGAGACUGGCGGAAGUCUUUGCCAGACAUUACGCAAGAGGACUGUCGCAGGAUUCCUCGAUUACCACACGCAAGAAUCAUCUUAACACCACCUCAUUGGACAGCGUGGGUGCCGGAGGUCAUCAGCCUGCAGCAGCAUCAGGAUCAGGAGUUCCGCGAAGGGAAGCAAGUAGACGUUGGCUCUCGCAGACGUCGCAAUCCUCCAGGCAACACUCUAGCGACGAUGGGGUCCGUGGGGGCCCCGUGGGUGUUGGAGGGCCCGUUCCGACCUCGGCCUCCAGUCAGGUCCCCGUCUCGGCUCCUGUCCCCGUACUGGCCUCUCGUCGAGUCAGUCCAGCCGCGGAUCCAACCGAGAUCUCCAAUCCGAAUUCCGCUGUCUCGCGAACCGACAGGGGACCGAACGUAUCGAUCUUACAUCUAAGGAGCACCUCGGAUCCCUGGGAGACCGGAUCGCAGGGUUCGUCGUUCAGCGUGAGUGGAAACAAGAGUCAAUCAGCGAACCGAAAUAAAAGUCUGGGAGGCGCUCGCAAUUCGUACACACGUGGCAGCUCGAUACCGGCGCUCAUACGUCACGAGACGACGAAUUCGAACGCGACGCCAAGUCUGAAGCAACGGACGGAUAGCAGCACCCUGGGACACUCUCGUCGACGGGAGACCAAUUUCCUGUCCGGUAGCGGCGGGACUUCCGGGGAGCUCUUCGUCAGCGGGAAUUGCAGUAGGGAAUUAUCGCCCGUGCGAUGGUGCGAUAGAGAGGUCGAUGGCGUCUAUCUCGGGAGAUCAGGAUGGGUCCAGGUACAGCAGAGAUCCUUAGAUGAGAAUAGAAAGACGAGCUACGAGAGCAGCCUGGUUACGGCCUCUACGGGGACACUUCCGCUACCCAGAAGAGCUACGAUUAAGCUUGCUGAUUAUCACUGCAGCAAUAGCGAACCUGGAAAGUGUCCGGAUUUCACUAGGGUGGACGUGCAGCGGCCAGACUUUCUUGCUCUUCAUGGUCAGGAUUACGAGCCACCGAGCGCGUGCACAUCGCCCCACAGCAUUCCGGAAUCGUUUUCGCCCCCGUCGGUGACGCCGAUCAUCUCACCGCCUCCGGCGUUCCAGGAUGUUGGGAAAAAGUCCUCGAGACACGCUAGAAAUGCCUUCGGCAAGCCGCCCUUCUUACCACGUUCCAAUGCGAUCGUCGACAGCGAUAUCAUUAGUCCACCACCCUCGCCACCCACACCGAUCAACUGGACGUCUUUGCCGUCGCCUAGGAAAGCUGCUCCUCCUCCGUUACCGACCAGGUCCAGACGGCAGACGCCCUCGCCAGCCGGUACACCUCAGCAACAGUACCGGCUGGCCCAGGCGAAGUCCUUGGAAGAUCAGUCUACCUCCAGAAGGUCGCAAUUCGUGCAGCGUUACAUGGAGUCAUCCUCGUCUUCGUCAUCCUCGAUGGGCUUCAGGAGCCUGGACAGCUGCGUAAAUCGGGUGACCAUGCCCAGGUUGUCAGAGAACACAGACUCCUCGGUGGAGGGUUACGAAGACGGGGACGAGGAUGAUAAUCCAAGUUCGUCUCUUAACCUGAGCGUAGUCUCUUCCGCUGUACUGAACUCAUCGCCCGAGUCCGUUUGCGCCAAUGGCGAGAAGAUCUCUCCGUCCGGAAGACAAGGAGGCAGAUCAUCGCAUCACAGGAACCAGCAGAUACGCCGAUCACCAGGUUCCACAGAAUCCAGCAAGCAAUUGUCCUUCAAUUCGCCAUCCUCGUCCUCGUCCAGCAGUACCGAUCGACAAGGACGAUCACCUACGCCUACACCGUUCAGAAGAGGAAAUACCUCCAGGCAGCAUCAAAGUGCGAGAACUGCUGCGGCCUCGCCGGACUCCCUUCAGUCGCGCGUUAGACGCUCCAGGAGUCUCCAGCUCCCGGAGAAGAGGUCCCCGGGUUCUUCGGCACCUGGACAGCCUAGCCGCGAUCACUCGAGAGAAUCCAAUGAGCCCCACCGGGUCGUCGUGAAGAUCGCCAAUGAACGGAGUACCGAUCGUAUCAAGCGUCACGUACUGCCAAACAGAAAAGCACAGUCCACCGAGGACACCCUCAGCGAGGACCUUUUGCGGGAAGCUGAGGCAGUCACGGAGUUCCUCUACGGUACACGCAGUCGUGCCGCAGCCAGGAACUUGUUGACGAACCGAUACGAUCGCCGUGAAGAAAUUAAGGAACAAAGGAGAAACGUCCCCAGCACGUAUGACGUGUACUUCAUCUCGCCGAAACAACAGCAACAGCAGACCCAGCAGCAGCAACAGCCGCAAGCAAAAGUCGGCAAUAACGUCCCGGCUCAGCAGCAGCAACAACAGCAAAAUCGUAGACCAAGAACUCUACAGCGUGGCGCCUCUACGCCUAACGCAAAGCCUGCCCCAGGACACGACUUCUGCGCGAGUCCCGAGGCCAAGAAUCGCUGUAGCAGCAGCACCUGUGACUUCUGGCCCCAUUGCUCUCAGAGGGACACUCUCUACUCUCCCAACCAAGCUCCGGUCUUCAUGAAGCUCUCUCAGAGUUACCCGGCACAUCAGAGACUUACUCCAGACAGUGGUGCACACAUGGGCAGAAGCAGCGCCUGCUCCUCUCCAGCUUCCCUGGAACGCAUGGACGAGAGAGACGCCCGCGAGCGUGAGAACUCGAAGAAGCAUCAUCAGCGGGAUCACAGCAGCGGCAAGUAUCACGAGCGGGAGCCGCGGGUGCCCAAAGGCGUCCUGAAGCAAUCGCGAUGGUCGCCGAUGGAGUCUUCGAACGGAAAUAUCGGCACGAUAAACGAACGUGGCAAGCGCGACUAUCAGGGCCAUCGGGAGCAUCAUAAAACUGAAGGUAGCUUCGACCGGAAGCUCUCCCCGGCCCAGUCCAAGGGCUCGAUGAGCAGAUCACCAAGUGGCGCUGGAAUAUCAUCAUCCACGUCGUCCUCCAGCAGCGACAUAUGGGUCACCACUUCGGACAGGACUGUCACCAAGAGUCCAAGAAACGCCAAGAGCUCAGGCGCCUCCACUCCCAUGGAAGACGCCAUGGUUGGCUCUUUGAAGACCCUCACGGAACCACCGAGGGACGGGAUACUAUCCAGACCCGGAAGUGCCCCGGCGCAAAGGGAAGAUUCCUUAGCCAGUGGCACGACCCUGGACCCACAUCAGCGAUCGUUGUCCUUGCCCAAGUCCUUCCUGACGCACAAUUCCAACGAAAGUAAUACCAACAGUAACGUGGGUUCAACAACAUGGAGUCGUGGGAUUGAAUCCCAAAGAUCUACACCGAGUCCGAAUCGUUUGCAUCCCCACGAUGCAACUGCGCCCCAUACUGCACCAGUUUCCCCUCUGCACGGACAGCAGCUGAGUGGUCACGGAAAAGAACGCAGAAGAGCACCAGCCCUCAGCAAAGCUCAGAGACGUAUAAAAGCGUCCAGCACCCCUGCGCUCCUCGACCGGGAACACGAGGGUCGCCAUUGGUCAGGGGACGAAGAGGAUGGAGAUACAAACGGUCAAGUGGCAACGGAACAUCCCCUUGCCGAGGCAUCCAUCCCCCUCGUGACACACUCUCGACUUCAGGAAAUAUCUCCAGCGCCUUCGAUCUCUAGUGGCGGAUCUCAGAGUCACAAGGCAAACUCCCAGAAUCAGGAAAGUGUCUUGCAGAAGUUCCGUAAGAGCUUCUCGCUUAAGUUUCACAAAAAGGGUAGCAAAGAGAGUACAGAGGCGGAGGGGGCUGCUGAAGAUAACGAAGCGUUACCUCUGGAGGAGGAAGAGGAACGCGAUCCGCCACCGCCUCCUGCUCCCGAACAACCUCCCCAGCACAAAGAGGAUAUCGGCAACGAUCAGAAGUUCCGAUUUGGUCCUUUAGUCUGGAGGACAAGCAAGGAGAGGAAAAAAGGCAAUAAAGCAGCGCGCAAUGCGAAGUGCAACAGCGGCGAUAGUGGAAUUCAGAUCGAGAUGGUAUCUGGUGGAGCAUUGACUGGGGGCACUGGGGGUGGAACAACCGGGGGUGGAGAUAGCUCCGAAUCCCAUGACACGGAUGUUCCCGAUGAGAUGGACAGCCCUCCGGCACUACGCAGGAGGGUCGCAGACAAGUCCCGACCCCAGUCCGAGCUCAUCAACCAGAUACUCAUUGACAAGUUCAAGGCGGAUCUUCAAAGCCGUGCCACUCGGCAUCAUCACGUCCGCAGGACCAACAGUGACCUCGGAGGUCAAAGACUUCUUCAGUGGGAUACAAGAUCCGGCUACAGCCACGCACAUAGUUACAGAAGGAUGCUGUCCACCCCAUCACCCAUCAAGACGAGGCCGCCCAGACUCAGUCCGAAACAUUCCUCCCAUGACAUAGUUACGCUAAGAAGUAACUCGAAAGGGAGGAGUUCACGGACAAAUUUGAGGAGGUCGCUUAGUCAGCCACUGGGUAUCAAUCAGCUGUCACCUUUGAUGCGCACCAAAACAGCAGGCGCAAGAUUACCCAGUGGAAAUGUGGUAUCAGAAGAUGAGCAGGAUGCUAGAGGUGGUGGCGGAACAUCGGACGAUGAUAUGAUGUCGGAUUCAGAAUCCUCCAUCGCAUCUUUGACAGACAGAAAGAAAUCUUUUGAACAAACGAUGGAGGAGGAAAUGGUGAUCCUUGCGGAAGCUGUAUGGGACCACGUGGCCAUGGAACCUGAGGAGCUUGCGUUUCGUGCAGGGGACGUCAUAGACGUCUUGGAAACACUUGAUAAAGAUUGGUGGUGGGGCAGCUGUAGAGGCGAACAUGGAUGGUUUCCUGCUGCAUUCGUCAGGCUGCGGGUUAGCCAGGAAGAUACCGUGGAGGAUUGUUUAGCGGCUAUGGCGUCUGGAGCUCCGUCCAAUGCACAGCUCAGAAGACGUACCAGUGUCUCUCUACUUUCUAACGAGCAAGUCAGGACCAGUGUGGUCCGUGAACUGGUCCAGACAGAAAGAGACUUCGUCAAAGUUCUACGUGAUAUGGUGGAGGGCUACAUAGCUGAGUGUCGAAGACGUACUGAUAUGUUCACAGAAGAACAGAUAGAAACAAUUUUUAUAAAUUUGGAAGAAUUACUAGAAUUUCAAUCCGAAUUUCUUAAAGAUCUGGAGGCUUGCAUAGACUGGAACGCACCACACAAAAGUUGCGUCGGCGAAUGUUUCCUUAAUCAUAGAGCUGGUUUCCGCAUGUACUCCGAAUACUGCAAUAGUCAUCCAAUGGCAACCGCCACUUUACAAGAGCUUUAUCAACAUAAUCGCUAUAGUAAAUUCUUCGAAGCUUGCCGACUGAUGCGUAGUCUAAUAGAGAUCCCUUUGGAUGGUUACCUAUUAACUCCCGUUCAAAGGAUCUGCAAGUAUCCGCUUCAGCUAGCCGAGCUUCUUAAGUACACCAAAGCCGAGCAUCCGGAUUAUCAUAAGAUUCAGGAAGCCCUCGAAGCGAUGCGUGGCGUCGCUGUGCUAAUUAACGAAAGAAAAAGGCGAAUGGAGAGUCUCGAAAAAUUAGCUGCCUGGCAACAAAGAGUCGAAGGAUGGGAGGGUGAAGAUCUGAUAGAAGUUUCAUCGCAGUUGAUCCAUCAAGGUGAAGCUGUGCGAGUAACCACGGGCAUGUGGACUAACAAUAUAAUUCUCUUUUUAUUCGAUCAUCAAUUGGUCUACUGUAAGAAAGAUAUUUUAAAGCGCAAUACCUACGUCUACAAAGAUCGGAUAUAUCUGGAUACCAGUGAGGUCAUAGACGUUCCUGAUGGAAAAGAUCCGCAACUGGGUGUAACUGUAAGACACUGCCUGAAAGUAUAUAGCUGUGUUCGUGAUAAAUGGCUGCUAUUUUGCUGCCGCACAGCUGACGAGAAACAACGGUGGCUAGCAGCAAUGGCCGAAGAGCGACGUCUGGUUGCUCAGGACAGAAACGAUGGCCUAGAAUUUCCUGCAGCUGCUCGACAAUUGGCUAGAAUUGCCGCCACGCGGCAGCGCUGUCGGCCACCCACUAAACCCCGCAGCAAGACAUACAAGAGAGACGCCACCUAUGAUUCUCCAGUGAUUGCUCCUCAGGGUGCCACAAAUUCACUUGGACGUAAAGUAGGAACGUGGUUCACGUUCGGAAGCAGCAAAAAGGGUGUUCGACCUCAACCAUCCUGAGCCAGGCCUACCUUCGUACCGUACAUUGACUUAUAAACUUCAACGAAAGCGUCUAAUCUGCGUAGCUCGACUAAAUAAGUAAUUCAGCUGUCUUCGAUAGACCGAGAGACCAACAACCCACGCACGCAGUUUAACAAGAAGUUAAGUAUGGCACGAAGGUAUUUGUAUUGUUCGCUAAUGAAGGGCGCGGUGUUCAUGGUUAUUUAGAGAUUUAUACCGGUACACCCGGUACGUAGCGAGUGAAGAGUAUGGAGAUAGGUAGGAUCGUCGAAGUGGGUGCUAACAAUAUGUAGAUUCGUGAUUAUCGAAAUUGUUUUUUUGUUGCUCUUUUUUCCAUUUUACUUUUCGAUAGUACCUCUAAAGGCCAUUAUACAAUGCAAUAUAAUAACACGUAACACGUAAGAAAUAAGCAAUAAGAUCUUCAAUUGUAUAUUUACCUAAUUCCAUUGGAUCCUCCAAUCAAGAAGGAGAAAAUCUUC